AGACGGGGAAGGAGUGUGACGCAGUGAGCCUUCACUUCCACUCUCCUGCAGGAAGAAGCCAGCGCGGCUCGAGGAGCUCAGAGAGAGAGUGAGAAAAAGUCGCAGAUUGACGCGAACAAGUCGGUCCAGAGGACGGACUCCGGCCACGAUGAGGACGCAGCAUCAGGGCAGAGCCCUCCCACGGGACCGGAACCCCGAUCUGGACUGAAACCUGGAGCUGAAGCCGCGACGGGGUUGUUUUCAUUGUGAGGAGGAUGUCUGCGCGGCCACACACGCUCCUCCUGCUUCCACAGAAAAGCUCGAUCACUUCCCGACACUGCGCUGUGAUGCGCUCUGUCUGACCCUGCAGGAGCCAGGCCACCAUGGCUGCUCUGAUCCAUGAAAACUCUCCAUGAAAACAAAGAGGACGAGGAGGAGGAGGCGGAGGGGGGGUCCGGCUGCUGCGCCAUGGAGGACAACAAGCUGAGAACGGCCAGGAUGUGGAGGGAUGCCGCCCUCCGCUCCAGGAAGCUGCGGAGCAACCUGCGCCAGCUCACCCUCUGCUCCAAAAACAAUCAGAUCACUCUACCAGAGGACAUUGCUGAGGUAGAGGCGCUCAAUCUGGGCAACAACUCCCUGCAGGAGCUGCCCGCCGGACUGGGAUCCACCCUCAACAACCUGCGCAUCCUCGUCCUCCGCAGGAACAAGUUCACCGCUGUGCCCUGGGUGGUGUUUGAGCUGGGUCAGCUGGUGGAGCUUGACAUGAGCCACAACUGCUUAAGGACCCUGCCUGACAGUGUCGGGCAGCUGAAGGGGCUGAAGAAGCUCUGCGUCAGUCACAACAAAAUCCAGAGUCUUCCAGCUCAGAUUGGAGCACUGCAGAGUCUGGAAGAACUUGACAUCAGCUUCAAUGACCUGCACAACCUCCCCAGCUCCUUCUCUGGUCUCACCAGGUUGCGCACUUUGGAUGCAGAUCACAACAAGCUCAACCAGUUCCCUGUUGAGAUCCUGGCCCUCUGUGAGCUGGAGGAGCUCGACUGCUCCGGAAACAAGUUUGAGGUGUUGCCAGCAGACAUCAUGAAGCUGCGGUCUAUAAAAAUCCUGUGGCUCAGUAGCCUCCAUAUAUCUACCUUACCUGACUCCUUCUGCCACUUGAACAACCUGGAGAGUCUUAUGCUGGAUGGGAACAACCUCACAGUACUGCCACCAUCUUUUGGAAAUCUGCAGAGACUCAAGAUGCUCAAUCUGUCCUCAAAUGAGUUUGAGGACUUCCCACAAGUUAUUUUAAGCAUCACAUGCUUAGAGGAACUCUAUCUGAGCAGAAACAAACUGACUUGUGUACCUGAGGAGAUUGGUCAUUUGGUGACACUGGUGAACCUGUGGCUGGACAAUAACAACAUCACAUACCUGCCGGACUUGGUUGUGCAGCUAGAGAACCUAGAGGAGCUGGUGUUACAGGGUAACCAAAUAGCCAUACUCCCAGACGACUUUGGAAAGUUGUCUAAAGUGAACAUAUGGAAGGUGAAAGACAACCCUCUCAUCCAACCUCCGUAUGAAGUCUGCAUGAAAGGGAUCCCAUACAUCGCUGCCUAUCAAAAGGAGCUCGCUCAUUCCCAGCUUGCCAUGAAGCCACGACUGAAACUGGUGCUGAUUGGAAUGAAAAACGCUGGGAAGUCCUGGCUGAGGCAGAGCGUGGUGGGCAGACAACAUGAGGUUAAAGGAAUCCAGGGAAACAAGGGGAUUGAGGUCACACACUGGGUGGCAGAUGCUGACCGCUGCCUCACAUUUCUGGUGUAUGAUCUGUCAGGGAAGUCGAACUAUGACCUUGUCAAACCAUUUUUUCUCUCCCCUGGCGCACUCUACAUUCUAGUAGUCAAUUUGAAAACAUAUUUGCCCAAGAACUUUUACACCCACGUUGGAUAUUUCCUCCACCUCCUCGGUGCCAAAGUCCCCCACGCUGUUGUGUGCUUGGUGGGCACUCACGCAGACCAGUGUGGGGCGGCGGAGCUGGAGCUGAAAGGUCUAGACAUCCACAGACAGAUUGGCCUGCAGGAGAAGAGUGAUAUCCAGAGCCUGAGGAACCUGUCUCUGGAGGUGGACCAGGCACUGGAGCAGGGCUAUGGCGUCCGCACUUCUAGUCCACACGUGCUCUUCUAUGGUGUCUUGGACAGGAACUUGAGGCGAAGGAAAGCACAGCUGCAAUUCAUGCUGAACCACCGACUGCAGAUACUGUCUCCCAUUCUGAAGGUGAGCUGCACAGAGAUGCAGACAAAUAUUCAGAGACUGCGGGAGAAGCUUAUGUCUGUAGCAGACCAAAGGGAGAUCUUUCCUAACCUCCACCGCGUGCUGCCAAAGUCCUGGCAGAUGCUGGAGGAGCUGCACUUUAAACCCAAAGACUUAUGGCUGUCGUGGUGGGACUCUGCCCGUCUGGGUCUACAGGCUGGGCUCACAGAGGACCGGCUGCAGAGCGCUUUGUCUUACCUGCACGAGAGCGGGAAGCUGCUGUACUUUGAGGACAGUGUCACUCUGAAGGAGUAUGUGUUUCACAACCUCCCACAGUUUAUUGCAAUUCUAAAUGUGUUCUUCCACAGGGACGAGUCCACACUGUUGGACCGGCUCUUAUCUGAGGGGGAAAGGGGGGAUAAGGGAAGGGUGAGUCUGGUUAUUGAGAACGAGAAAGGAGAGGACCUCAGGGUGACGCACCUUCAGCACCAUGUGGAGGGCUUCCUCCAACACGGCCUCCUCCCCUCAAAUGUCAUCCGCCUGCUGCUAAGACCACUCAUCCAGACCCAGCAGGACCUCCACCUCAUCAUGGAGCUGCUGGAGAAAAUGGGGAUCUGCUACUGUGUCAACAAACCCCGCAGCAAACCUCUGAAUGGUGCUACGGCGUGGUACAAGUUCCCCAGUUAUGUCAGCAGAGAGGAGCCGGAGAUGGAGAGUGAAGCAGGUGGUGGAUCUCAGCCUCAGUGUCACUUCUUCUCUGUGGAGCAGUUGCACAUCCAGUACAGUUUCCCCUUCCUGUUUCCUCCUGGACUGUUCACUCGCUUCAGUGUGCAGAUCAACAGCCAUGUGGUCCAGAGGUCGGACGGCAGGAACCAGAUCCUCGCCUAUCGAGGCAAAGUUCCCGUGGUGAUCAGUCACCACUCUGCCAAAGGACAGCAGCAGGUGGAGACUCUGUCCAUCACCAGCCACGCCUCGCUGCCCAACAUCUGGACAGCAUGGCAGGCCGUCACCCCGCUGGUGGAGGAGCUGAACUUACUGCUGCAGGAGUGGCCCGGCCUGCUGUACUCUGUACACAUCCUCUGCUCCAAGUGCCUGAAAAGGGGGUCUCCUAAUCCACAUGCUUUUCCAGGAGAGCUGCUGACUCAGCCGCGUCCUGAGGGCCUGACUGAGAUCGUCUGUCCUAAGAACGGCUCGGAGCGCGUCCACGUGGCUCUGGUCUACCCGCCGACGCCCACCGUGGUCAGCCCCUGUCUUAAAUGACUCCGCCCCACCUCCACGUCAUCCACCUCCGACCCCUGCACGACCCCCACCGCUGUCAGCUGUUGUUUGUGAUGUCUGCCCACACACACACUGACACACACACACACACUGACACUGAGGACAGCAAGACAGGAGAUGUGCGUGUGGACGACCUGCAGUGUUUUUAAGACGAGGACACAAAUUUGUCUUCGUCACAUGACUCAAAACUCAAACCGACUUUUACUCCCCGGUGUGUUUCAUGAACGAGAGAACCAGGAGGAGACGAAACCUGCUGCAGAGACAUGAUGGACACACGAUGGACAUGGACUGACUCGUCCUCAGAUUAUUGAUCAAUUAUUUAUUAUUGUCUGGAAGGCUUCACUGCUCACAGUCUGCAGACGUGUUUCUUCUUCUUCUUCUUAACCUGUGUCUUCAUCAGAUUUUAAAACAUAAAGUUCACUUUAUUAAAGAUAUCAAACUAAAUUAGCCUGAAUUAUUUAUCAAACAAUCACCAGAGAAAGUAGAAAAGUGAAACUCUCAUUAAAAUGACGUGCAACUCACCUUCUGCUGGAGUGACAGUGACAGUGUCUCCCCCUGCUGGUCAGAUGAGCUGCAGAUUAUUGUUUGACCUUUUUUAUGCCACGGAUGUUGGAGCUCAGUGGGACAUAAUCUGUAAUAAUCUGGGUCUCCGACUGCACGAGAUUCUUUUCUAUCUGUUUCUCCUCCACUUUUGAACCCGAUGUAAAUAAUAUCUUUAUUUUUCUAUGUCCUGCAUUAUUUACAGUGUGUGAUGUUGUGCACACAGAACCCUUUUUUUACAGUGUGUAGCAGGUUUUGAACAGGAAAUACCAAAUAAAACAAAUAAACGACAACAGCUGGCUUUAA